AUUGGAUCCACGCCAUGCCACGCCAAUUCCCAAGUCCCAACCUACCAUCCACCCACUGUUCCGCACCGCUUCGUUCAUUUGAUUAGUCCCUCUCCUCCCCUUCCCUCUCUCUGUCUGUGAUACCGAUCGAUCGAUCGAGCGAUCAAUCAAUCUCGGAUUCUCUGAUUCAAGACCUCUCGCCUCGCAAUUUGGAAUCUUCCCUCUACCCAUAAUCCUUCCGUCCCCCUUCCCCAAAACCUCUCAAUUCCAUCCUCUCCUUUGCCAGGCUCCUCUUGCUCCCCCUGCUUUCCUCACCACCGAAUCUCUGCUCGCAAGUUUUUCCCUCCUCUGAGAUAGCCAUAAACACAAUCGGUUGUUUUGUGGUUGCUUCUCUACGCGUCUAAGCCGAGCUUCUGUAAACCGUCCUAAUGGGUCACUGCUUGGCUAAGCCUAAGGAUGACAUAGAUGACGCUGACCAUGACGUUGAAUUCUCUGGCGGAAAUGUGCACCUCAUAACAUCAAAGGAAAGUUGGGAGCAGAAGAUGUCUGAAGCAGAAAGAGAUGGAAAAAUAGUGAUUGCCAACUUUAGUGCUACCUGGUGUGGCCCUUGUAAAAUGAUUGCUCCCUUCUACAUUCAGCUAUCUGAGAAACAUACGAGGAUGAUGUUUCUGACAGUUGAUGUCGAUGAACUCAUCGAGUUCAGUACGUCAUGGGAUAUUAAAGCAACGCCAACCUUCUUCUUCCUAAAACAUGGACAACAGAUUGACAAACUUGUUGGGGCCAACAAACCGGAGCUACAGAAGAAGAUGGUUGCAAUUCUAGAUUUGGAAGUGCCACGCCAAACAUAGUUUGGAGCUUGUUCUUAGACUCUUAGUAGAUGCUUCCAUCCAUGUACCUGAUUGUAAAUGUACACUUGUAGAUUAAUUAGGUCUUUUUUUUUUUUUUUUUGUGUGUGUUAAGUGUAUGGAGGAUGCGGGAUGGGAUGGGAUGGGAUUGGAUAUCUUGAGUUGGAUGCUGUGACUAAUGAGGCUAGCCAGACAGAUUGAUUUUUAUUACAAUAAAUCAGGUGUGAUGGAUGGUUGAAUCGGUUGUAAAACAUGUAAUGACGUAAGAAAUCAGGUGUCAUGGUCGAAUCGGUUGUAAACAUGCAA